AGGUGUGGGAACAUUUUCUUUAGUCAUCGUGUACAUUGCAAUGGUGUGCUCGUCAAUGUUCCUGUCAUCAGUUUUUAUUGAUCGACUCGGUCAGAAAGUGACAAUGUGUAUUGCUAUGUCUAUGUAUGUGAUAUUUAUGGCGGCCAACCUAUAUCCGGUGUGGGGCACCAUGGUCCCGGCAGCUCUCCUGUGUGGACUAGCAGCAGGGCCAUUAUGGGCAUCCCAGUCAUCAUUCCUUUCACAGCUUUCUAGAUGCUACGCAACAAAUACCAACACGAAACCAAAAGACUCACUCAGUUAUUUCUUUGGGAUAUUUUACAUGUGUGUCAAUGCAAGUAAGAUAUCCGGAAAUCUGUUAGCAUCUAUUGUUCUCAAACAAGAUGAAAGGAGUAACAGGUCCAUGACACGGGAAGAAAUUGAGGAUUGUGUGGCGAAUAAACAAGAUGCCGUCGAUAAUGCUACCACGCUGGAACGACCAGAUGACACGAUGAUCUACUCGAUCUGUGGAACAUGGAUUGGACUUGCCAUUGUUGGGAUCAUCGUUCUUGUUUUCCUCACACCUAUGACUGCUGAUGGAGAUAUAUCCAAAGGUCGGAAAAGAAAACCAAUAUUCAGCAAAUUCUUGGCUGCCGCCAACCACUGCUGGAACUCGAAAUUACAAAAACUCAUGAUACCCAUGACUCUGUAUUUCGGCAUUGCUUCUGGAUUUCUUACUGCAGAUUUUACCAAGUCAAUUAUUGGCUGUACUUUCGGAAUACACACUGUCGGAGACUUUAUGCUUUGUCACGGAAUAUGUAACACCGUAUCUGCGUCACUCCUCGGACAUCUAGUAAAACAUUUUGGACAUUUGCCUUUCUUUACAAUCACUUUUCUGUGUUACGGUGGAGUGCAGGCCAUUUUGAUUGUAUGGAAACCCGGCACAGAACACGUCUAUAUCUUCUUUAUAUUCGCGGGUAUGUGGGGAGUAGCAGACGCCAUUUUGAAGACACAGGUACUUGCAAUGUAUGGCCACUUAUUUGCUGACAACACAGAAGCGGCAUUCGGAAACUAUUUCGUUUUUGAGGCGACUGGAUUUAUAAUAUCAUUUUCAUACAGUACAUUUGUAUCAACCGACAUCAAACUUUAUAUCCUACUGGUCUUGUUGGUGUGUAGUGCUAUAUCAUACUACACUGUGGAAUACAUAGACAGGAAAUAUAACACACGCCGGGACGUGGACAACGACGGUACAUCGAUAAGUUGACCCGGCAGAGCUAACAAAACUACAACAUUACAGUCCUGUGGUGAUUCAGUAAAGCAAAACGUUUGAAGAUGACAAUUUCUGACCAAGUUAGCCUCUACCGCCGUAAAACAUAGUGUCGCGAUUACGUACACAAUUCCAAAUUCAAUUAAUUAUGACAAUUCUGUGACAGUUCCGACAUCACACUACCUUCAACAAGACGGUCCCAUUAAAAAGUCAGCAGCUUAAAAAGUGUUCAGUCUGACGACUCAAGACGGAUAUAUUUAUUCGUAAAAAAGUGUUUCAUUCGUCCAAAACCAAACGACAGUGGGAAGAAUCCCACCUUAUGCAAUUGUUAUUGUGACGUCGUGUCUAGAUGGCCCAUGUUGGCGGGGACCGCGUUUCAAAUUAGAGCACCUUCAUGAAGCUUCAAAUAGAAUGCUUUGGCAAAUAAACGACCAAGCAAUAUCAUUACGUUCUCACCAGUAGGACAAAGGCAUUGGCUAGAUGCAGCAGUCAUAUUCGACGGUCUUUACCAAGCGAUUGUUGUACGGGGACUGCCGCUUCACGGACUGUCAAGCGUCGCCAAGGUUGAUUAAGAAGAUUCCAAAAUCAAUUCAUCGUCUCACAUGAAACAAAAUUGUCGUGCAACUCUACAUUGGUAUACAUUACAAUAUGGACAACGUAACCAGUCCUUUCCCUUUGAAUUUGUGACAACGCACCAAAAUGUUAAUGCGUACUUAAUUGGUUUUGAAAUCGGAACAGAAAGUAAGAUGUAAUUCGUGUAUGUUGCUGAACAGCCACUGGUGUAAUUCAUAAUGUCUUUGUGAAAAAGCAUCUUAGGGCACCACAGACUUUUACGCUUGAAUUAUUUGAUUAAAUAGAUUGUCGCAUGGUAGGUAUUCCACUACCAAAAGUGUUUCCUACAAAAACGAUGUUAAAUUUCCGCCGAUCUGAAGAUUGCCGACGAGGGACGGAUUCACCUUUCCUCUUUUGUUCUAUACUUGCUGUACAACUGUCAGUAAUUUGAUACGCUAUCGCUAAAUGAAAAUAUAACUAAGAGUAUUUCGAGAAGGGAAGUGAAAACCUACAUUUAGAGGAAGAUGAACAUUUCUGUAACAUUUUGAGUUCAACAUGUGUGUUCAUUAAAUCGAUACAAUUAAUUUGCUCCAAAUUAUUCCACUACACGGUAUCUCCAUUUAAACAUUGUGUAAGCAUUAUCUGGUUGUUUGCAAUGUAUUCGUUAUUUUUAUUUGUUUUCAAAUGCAUUAAAAUCACCUC